UGCAUCAAAGCCUCCAAGGCAGGCGCCAACCCCAGCCCGGGAACAUCUUCUCCGGUUCUCCCUCACCGCUCACUGGCUCUCGUCUCUCGCCGCCGCCGCCGCCGCCGCCGCCGCCGUCUUGCCCUCAAGCAUCCGGGUUCGCCGAUCGCCCCACUUCUCCCUUCCUCCCUCCGCCAGCGCCACCUCCGCGCUACUGCCUCCUCCCUCCUUUCUCGCGCCCGCGCCUCCUGAAACUGGGAUCCCCCAAUGGCAAUGGAUUCAAGUAUUCAACUCUCUCUCUCUCUCUCUCUCUCUCUCUCUCUCUCUCUCUCUCUCUCUCUCGGUGAACAUUGGGGCCGCCAUUUGCCAAAGAUAUAAGCCCGAGAGGUUCAGCUUCUCGUAGAAGCUAAGGCUGUGAUGCGACUGGGCGGAUGGAUGCUCCGGCCACUGAACCGCGGCCUCCUCCUCCCCACCUUGUCCUGCCCAGUUGCCCCACACCGCCGUGGGUUCGCAGCCUAUGCAGCAGCGCUACAGUGGCUGGAGGACGAGCUCACCUCGCUCGCGAUCCUCCCCUCCGUCCCCGGGGUGGACUCCUUCGCGUGCGCCAGGCAGUUGCAGGGCUGCAUCGCUCGUGGCGACGCCCGCGGCGGCCGCGCCGUGCACGGCCAUGUAGUGCGCCGCGGAGGGGUGGGGCGCCUGGACCUCUUCUGCGCCAACGUCCUGCUCAAUAUGUACGGGAAGCUCGGGCCCCUUGCCAGCGCGCGCAGGCUGUUCGACCGAAUGCCUGAGCGGAACAUGGUGUCCUUCGUCACGCUCGUCCAGGCCCACGCUCAGCGCGGUGAUUUUGAGGCUGCCGCGGCUCUGUUCAGGAGGCUGCGGUGGGAGGGGCACGAGGUGAACCAGUUCGUGCUCACCACCAUGUUGAAGCUAGCUAUUGCCAUGGAUGCGGCAGGGCUUGCCGGGGGUGUGCACUCAUGUGCGUGGAAGCUGGGCCAUGAUCACAACGCCUUUGUUGGUUCAGGGCUGAUUGAUGCCUACUCCUUAUGCAGUCUUGUCAGUGAUGCGGAACAUGUGUUUAAUGGGAUUGUGCGUAAGGAUGCUGUUGUCUGGACUGCGAUGGUUUCUUGCUAUUCUGAAAAUGAUUGCCCAGAGAAUGCCUUUCGGGUCUUUUCCAAGAUGAGGGUGUCGGGUUGUAAGCCUAACCCUUUUGCACUAACCAGUGUGCUCAAAGCUGCAGUUUGCUUGCCAUCAGUUGUGCUAGGCAAGGGCAUCCAUGGUUGCGCCAUAAAAACCCUUAAUGACACGGAGCCUCAUGUCGGUGGUGCUUUGCUUGAUAUGUAUGCCAAAUGUGGGGAUAUUAAGGAUGCACGUUUGGCUUUUGAGAUGAUUCCCUAUGAUGAUGUGAUACUUCUGAGUUUUAUGAUAUCCCGGUAUGCACAGAGCAAUCAGAAUGAACAAGCCUUUGAACUGUUCCUCCGAUUGAUGCGUUCUUCUGUGCUGCCCAAUGAAUAUAGCCUUUCUAGUGUUCUGCAAGCAUGUACUAACAUGGUUCAGUUGGAUUUCGGAAAGCAAAUUCAUAACCAUGCUAUAAAAAUAGGCCAUGAGUCUGAUCUUUUUGUUGGAAAUGCACUAAUGGAUUUCUAUGCCAAGUGCAACGACAUGGAUAGCUCACUUAAGAUCUUCUCAUCAUUGCGAGAUGCCAAUGAGGUGAGCUGGAACACAAUUGUUGUUGGCUUCAGUCAGUCUGGUUUGGGAGAAGAAGCAUUGAGUGUAUUCUGUGAGAUGCAAGCUGCUCAGAUGCCUUGCACUCAAGUUACAUACUCGAGUGUGCUCCGGGCUUGUGCAAGCACAGCAUCAAUAAGACAUGCUGGUCAGAUUCAUUGUUCAAUUGAGAAGUCCACAUUUAAUAAUGACACCGUAAUUGGCAAUUCACUUAUUGAUACAUAUGCUAAGUGCGGAUACAUUAGGGAUGCUCUCAAGGUAUUUCAACAUUUAAUGGAACGCGAUAUAAUUUCAUGGAAUGCAAUAAUCUCAGGAUAUGCGCUUCAUGGACAAGCGGCAGAUGCUCUAGAACUUUUUGACAGGAUGAAUAAAAGCAACGUGGAAUCCAAUGAUAUCACUUUUGUUGCUCUGCUAUCCGUCUGCAGUAGCACAGGAUUAGUAAAUCAUGGAUUAUCUCUGUUCGAUUCUAUGAGGAUUGAUCAUGGCAUCAAACCAAGUAUGGAGCAUUAUACAUGCAUUGUUAGGCUUCUAGGACGAGCUGGCCGUCUGAAUGAUGCUCUACAAUUCAUUGGAGAUAUUCCUUCGGCACCAUCUGCUAUGGUUUGGCGUGCAUUGCUUAGCUCUUGUAUAAUCCAUAAGAAUGUGGCUCUGGGAAGAUUUUCUGCAGAAAAAAUACUUGAGAUUGAACCACAAGAUGAGACAACCUAUGUCUUACUAUCAAAUAUGUAUGCUGCAGCUGGAAGUUUGGAUCAAGUUGCCCUUUUGAGGAAAUCAAUGAGGAAUAUUGGUGUAAGGAAGGUACCUGGUCUUAGUUGGGUUGAGAUCAAGGGUGAAAUUCAUGCCUUUUCAGUGGGAUCAGUGGACCAUCCAGAUAUGCGGGUGAUAAAUGCAAUGCUGGAAUGGCUCAAUCUUAAAACUAGUAGGGAAGGUUAUAUUCCUGACAUUAAUGUAGUGUUGCACGACGUAGACAAGGAACAAAAGACUCGAAUGCUGUGGGUGCAUAGUGAGAGGCUGGCUUUAGCAUAUGGCCUUGUGAUGACACCUCCUGGGCAUCCAAUAAGGAUAUUGAAGAAUUUGCGUUCCUGUUUGGAUUGUCAUACUGCAUUUACGGUGAUAUCUAAAAUAGUUAAACGAGAAAUCAUCGUGAGGGAUAUAAAUCGCUUCCAUCAUUUUGAGGAUGGAAAGUGCUCAUGCGGUGACUAUUGGUGAUCUUCUGUUGUUCCUUGAUGUGUUAAAGGAAUCCAUACAAGUUAUAUGUGAUAUAAUGUGUUUGGCAAAUGGCAAUCUUCUAGGAAACCAAGUUAUCAUGCAUGCUCUAUUGUUUUGGGUAACAUGGUUUUGAACUUGAACUCGUGCAAUUUCAUGCUAUUUUCAAGGCACUGGAGAAGAGAUAUCAUAUCAGACUGGGCUACCAUUCCGAAAAAAAAAACCCAUUCAUUUUUAAUGUUUAGUGUUACCUAAGCACAUUUUCGUUAUUGACUUGAAUACUAGUGAAUGUCAUCUCAUUAGCAAUAGAAAACCUUAUGGCUGAACUGAAUUGGCUGAUAUUUUUCGUUCUCUAUGAUUUCAUCAAGUUGGUAGAUAGCCUUUUGUUUAAGUAUGUUCUAGUGACUGCAUUGGAAAAUUGACACUUGCACCGGCCUUCGUAUUGAUAGUAAUUAGCAUAGUUCAUGCUAUGACACAAACAUUAGGCCAUGCAAGUGGUUUUCAUGAAAGAGCUUUCCAUUUUCUAACGUUUAUCUUACAUAGUUUUGUUAGAAUUGUAGGGGGGUUUUAGUUAUAAUAAAAUUGGCAGCGAACCUACAAUUAAAGCAUCGGUUGAUUUUCUUGAGUUAUAGUUAAAGCAGCAAACCUAUAAUUAGUUAUAUACUUUGAGUUGUUUAAAUAAAUAUCGUUUGAUUUUCUUGUGCCAUUGCCUUGACAUCAUUGUGCCGCAUUAUCAGUUCAGUCACACUUCACACUGACUAGGUGAUAGCGACUCUUCUAGCACUAGCUAAUGGGGAUAUUAAGUGUAAUGCACCCUGACUCUGCUUGCUGUGGGAGACCAGGAGUUGUUUUAUUUUUCUGAUCUUCUCAAGAUUGUGGCAAAGCUUGCUAAAGGAGAAGGAAAAAUAAUUUCUUUUGCCUAUCUUAUAUGAUAUAAACUGCUUGCCCUUGUUAAAAUAAACUCUGUUCUGCAGGUGAUAGUUGGGCAAGGCAACCAUAAGGGUAAAAUGCAGCCUUUGGAAGUGAAACGAGCUUGCCUACUGGCUUAUUCUUAGGCUAUAUAACCUUCUACUACCUCCUUAUGGAAGCUGAGGGAUUGUUUGUGCCGGAUCAUCCUGUAAUUGCUCAUCUUGUAGAGAUGAAGAGUAUUGUAGAAAAGGCCAAUAUAUCUUCCAAGACAACAAGGAGACAUUAAUGACUGUUGUACGCCUGGUAGCAGUACCAUGGAUGUGCUAGACAAGAUAAUUUUUUUGGACAAGGACAAUUUACUAGUACGGGAUAAGAUAAAAAUAGGAUCUGUUCUUCUUUACUUUACUAUAAAGUACAAACAUGAUAAUUGAAGUAUUCUGGUAACUCAUCAUGAUAAUUUUUAUUCAGCGUGCGGAAGUUGCUGAAUUGACAAAGAAUGACCAUUCUAAUAAGGCUUAGAAUGAAAUUGACAAAAGAAAGGACAAGGUUGAACUGAAACAACACUUUUGAUAUAUUUUAGCAUUUUGUUUCGAAAAUAAUGCAGAUGCACAAAAGCUGAACAAAUAUUAAAAUUCUAGGAUGAGCAUAUCAGCUCACAAAGCCUUGAAAUGUUGGAAGUAUGAGCAACCCUUGAAGAAAAAGGGCUCUAUAAUUUCACGCAGUUGAAGCCUGAGAAGGUUUCAAACACCAGGACAACUCCUCAUAGUUUGUCCCUGGUGAUGAUGAGCUUCCAAAGCGAGAUAAUAUUGGUGAAAGACAGUGAAAAUACGAACUACAUGUUCUUGCCAGAGUAGAAGCUAGUACACUUGAAGAAGAUGACUUGCCCAAUGAAGAUGCCCAUACUGAAGGGAAGCUUAACAUUUUCAAUCCAAAACAACAGGAACAGAAACAUUUCCAUACUGAAGUGAAGAAGAUGACAAUGAUGAUGACAUUGGACCAUCAGAGUACAAGGACAUUAAAAAGCAUGACUGAAAAACUCGAGCAAAGAACAGAAAUACUCACCGUUAUCUUUUUGAUUACACAUUGGCUCCGCUUAUGGGCUAUCCUUCAGAAGGUCAAUUUGCGGGGUACUAUCAUUGCGGCUUGUUAACAAUUGGAGCUAGUGGCCAUGGAGUUUUCUACCCCGGUGCAUGGGUGGUGUUCUAGACUACGAAACCCCAUUACUCAACCGCUGGAGGAAGAAGCUGAAGGAAAUUGGCAAGAGGAAGAUCUCAUACCAGAUAGAGAAGAAAGGUUAACCUGCACAAGAACAAAAGCUUAAGAAUCCAUGGAAGAUAGGGUAAGUAAUAACAUAAUAUAUGAGACAGCCGAGCUAUGUGAGCAAGUCAUUCAGAUGCACUCGCUUGUGUGUAUGAUCGUUCAAGCUAAGCAUCAAACCAAGCUUGUUUAGCGGGGAGGUAAGUGCGUGGCGUCAACCGUGGGGUGAAUGUCCGGCAUCAAUCCAAAUGUUAGCCAUAGUGUUAGGUUUAAAGGUUGAUGGAUCCUGCAUGAUGAAUUGAUUAUGGUCUAACAUGAUAUUUCUUUGAUGGUA